GAGGCGAAGGUGAGAUUUUUGUGAAUCGGAAGUGUGUUGUGACUCGAUCCUCGGGAUUUUAAGGCUAUUUUCUCCUCUGGCUCGAGGGAUUCACUGAGGAUACCUUUGGGAGAGCGAGGAGAAGGCGUGAGUGAGUGGUUGUGGCAGGAAGGAGAGGUGGAAGUGUGAGAAUUGGCCAUUUGGGUUGAACUUCUUCGGGUCGGAUGCGAAAAAACAUCUUUUUGAGGUACAACAAGAACAAGAAAAACACAUGACAAAAUUACCCUGGUGAAGCAAGUCGCAGCCCAGUCUAAUGUUUGUUUUGCCGGACCCAGGAGUAUGGUGCAAGUAGGAGAAGGAAGACAAUGAGGAAUAAAGAGAACCACUUUGUAUCCCGAAGGUUAGCCUCUUGAGUCUCAGCUGGCCACAUGACCUGGUUGGUGACACAGAGGGAGGGCUGGAAUCAGACCUUCCUGGCUUAUCCAAGAGGCAACUUGUUUGCAAGAAGGUGCUAUGGAGGUUGGUUGCUCACAAGAGUUCGCAGAACUUGUGCUUCCAAGAACUCAAGAUAGGUACAGAAAUCAUGCAGGCGUGAAGUGAUUGUUGGCCAUGUGAAGAUGGUCGAGCCACAACAGAAAAGGGUGAAGUUGCCCCCCUCGGGAGAUGACGGUGGGGGGCAGCUGCUGCCACGGCCAGACUUAGAAAUCAUCCACGCACAGCUCAUUCGUAAAUGUCUGUGCUCCUUACAGCUACCAGACAUCCUGCAUACAUUAGCUGUCUGCAAUGACUGCUUUUCCUCUCAUCCUGUAUCCCACAUGUUGCGGCUGCGUGACGAAACUCUCCUCUACAUCAGCAUGCUCACCUUGUUUUUUGAAGUGUCCCUCAGACAGCAGAGCAGAGGUGUGCUGUGCUCCCGCAUCAGUGAGGUUGUUGCAGCAGGAGCAGACAAUGAAGGGGCUGUGCUGGACAUCCUCUUUGGUUUCAUGGCCUCAGAGGACAAGUACAUCAGUUACUCAGCCUCCCGUGCUCUCUCCUCAUUACUGCUGAUGCUUCGAGGCCGUGCCAGUGAACUUGUUUUAGAAAAGCUUGUAGAAAACCUUGCAGAUUCAACCAACUUAAUUGAAGUAGGCCAUUCCAUUGAGGUAGUGAGAAGAGUGAUUGAGUGGAAGGAUCUAGAUGAACAUCCGCUUGAAGGGACUGAGGCAGAGAGUGGUCAGCCGCCAGAUUGUUCAAAAAUAACUUUAACUCCUGCUGAUACCCAAGGAGUGAAUGAGGUGAAAUACGUAGCAACUAAGAAGUUAGAUCGCAAGUGGUUCCUCCUGGUAGCAAGGUUGACAGAAUUAGUUAAUGAGUUUACUGUGGAGAGAGAACAUGUUAUUGUAUCAUUUUUAACAUUGUGGGAGUCAUUAAUAUCAGUGAAAGCUAAUUUAUCAGUGACAGAUACUAAAGAAUUUUACUCAGGAUUGGAACGCCUGAUGACUCCACUCACGCGACACACACAUACCAUUGUGUGGCGGAAAGUGCUUGAUCUUUACAACGAGGUCUUGUGUUAUGGGAGUACGCUGGCCCUCCAGGACGUAUUAGCAGAGGAGCCCUGUAACUUGGCCCACCUCCUUAUUCGUGCAGUGAAAGAUCGGCGGUUUUUGGAGUGUGUGCCUUGUGGGGGGUCAGCGGGAAACAGAUCACAACCAAGUCAGAGCUCAUCCAUGGACAUUGGAGCUGGGCCCAGUUCAGGAACAGUGAAUGGUAUGGACCAAGGGGAUCGUACGAUAUUACACAAAGUGGUGUUGGUGGUUCUGAAGGCCAUAGCAGUGACAGUGAAAGAGACGCGCUGUGACUCUUCGUCGGAGAAUUCUUCCCGUUCUGGAGGAUCAGGGUCCGAGGAUGUGGACAUGGCAAUUAUAGAACGCAGCUUAAGAGAAGUGGUGCGCAAAGUGGACCACUUUGUCAAAUCGAAGUUGCCCUACCACCCAGAGGCUCCGAUGGCUGAGUGGAUGGUGCGACUCUUUGCCGACCAGGACGACUGGUUGGUGGAAUCCAUGGUCUGUGGCCUUGACAUUUUCACUGGAUUAGGAAUACGUAUAAGGCAGCAACCCGAACUUCAUGCCUGCGUCAACCCACACACCACCUUCCUGGUUUUCCUCGAGACCAUUUACCUGGAACAUGAUGUGCUUCUGGAUCUCCUGGUAUCCAACGAGACUUCCUUCCUCCUCUACCUGCUACGCUACCUCAAAUUCAUCCGUCGCAGUUGGCAGGAGUUUGCCUCCCACUGUGGCCACCGCCUAGAGGAGGUCAUGACAGUCUUAAUCCGUCUCCGUUUUGCCAUUGAUCGGCUGGUGUCCAAGAACCUCUUCCCAUAUAACAUAAGCCCUGUGCUGAAGCUGUUGCAGAAGUGUGAGGAGCUGUAUGAGGUCGGGAAUCAUUAGCUCCCUCAUCUCGAGCAGAGUACAAGAGACGAAAGGCCUCUUGUUCCUCCAACUCUUCAUCUGGGAGCUUGUUCUUGGAAGUUUUUUUUUUUCCCAAUAAUUUUUGUUUUUUUUUGUUUUAUAUCUUGUUUUUUAGAAACUUCAUACCUUUCUCAAGGAGUGAUAAUUAUGUGAGGUGAUGUUUGCAAGAAAUUAAUCAUUUUAUAAAGAAAUUAUUAACUUUCAUCAUCUUUGUAAGAUCUGUCAUACCCAUGUAUAACGUUCAUUUCUUUUACUUACUUUUAAUGAUUCUCUAAUUGAAAAGAUUAUGAAAAAAAGAAAAGAAAAAGAAGAAGAAGAAGAAAAAAGGAAAGUUGUUGAUAUUAUUGUCUUAGCGUAAAUAAUCUGAUACUCAAGACUCUUUGUCCAUUCCCCUAAUAUAUAUUUUUCUUUAUGCAUAAACUUUUCCUCAUUGAUUCAUGUCAUAACAGCGUAUAAACUUUCAGGUAAUAUACACUUGAUUCCUGUGACAAAUUAUCUUUGUUAUGCAAUUGACGAUUGGUUGCUUUUCUAGGUAGUUGUUUGUGGGGGGGGGGGGGGUGUGUGGGAGGAGACAGAGGAGCAGCAGAAGCAGAAUAAGAUCGUCAUAAUUAUUAUUAUUAUUAUUAAAUCAUUAUUGUUAUUAUCAUCAUCAUUAUUAUUAUUUAUUAUCAUUAUUAUUAUUUAUUAUCAUUAUUAUUAUUAUUUAUUAUCAUUAUUAUUAUCAUUUAUUAUCAUCAUCAGUAUCAAUGUUAUUAUCAUUAUUAUUGCUAUAAUUGUGUUCAUUAUUACUUAUUUUAAUUUUUAUUGCUAGCACUUCUUAAUACAAACAUUAUCAGCACAAUUAUGGUGUGGAUGAUGAUUACCUUAAUUAUUAUAGAUGCAAUUUGAUGAUUGUAAUAGUAAUGUUGAGGAAAUUUCAGUGACGAGAAUAAUUAUUAUAAAGAUGUGAUCAGAAUUUAGUGAUAAUGGUUUAUGAAGUAGUUGAUUAAAUUAAAAAUUAGAAUUAAAAAAUGUAAAGAAAUUACUGGGUGUUUUGUUGCUGAUUUUAUUAUUAUUAUUAUUGUCAUAGUUUUUAAAACUAUUGUAUGAACAUUCAGUUCACAAUAAGAUCUACAUCAUUUUUUGUUUUGAUUGUUACAAGUUCUUGUUAUAUUAUUAAGACAAAAAACAAAAAGAAAAUCUCCCCCCCCCCUUCUUCCAUUUUUGUUAUUAUUAUUUUUUAUUUAGUUAUUUUUAAAAGUAAAUUGUGGAUCAUAUUUCUGCAGGACAGUAAAGGAUCAAGCGGUGCUCCUCUUUAUAGUUGAUAGUAAUGUGUAGAAGCCAGUGUCUUGUAUGCCGUUUGUAGUUUGUAAGUUGUUUUGUUGCAGAAAUCCCUCUGCAACGAUCAUUGUUUGCCAUGUGUAUAUAUGAUGUUGAAUGAGUUGAUAGUUAUUUCCUAUGGGACAUUAUACUGUAAUGAUUACAAGUUGUGACGAAAAGACCAUAGUGCAGACUUUUUUUUCUUGAAAGGUUCAGCUGGUCUGCUGUGGAAGGAAAGCGACCUGUAGGGAUGUGGGUAAUGUGUAGUCUCUGCUCUGUUCAGCUGGACGUCUGGUUCGCGUGUCUUCUUAUGUCGCAUUGGGAAAGGCUCCGUUUGUCGUCUUUAUUUAUUUACAUCCCCCACCACCCUAGUUUCUGCCUCUUAUGAUUUUAAAACGAAACAGAUGGUCACAGUGUUCACUUAGGAAUGGGAGUAUAUAUUUACUAUUGAGUGUUAUUUAGAGAAUUCAUUCAGGUGUUUGUGAUAUCUUUAGCCUGCCACUUAAAAUUUAUACAUUCUGAUGUUAACACUAUACACAAGGUACACAUAAAUUGAUAUUUACAUGUUGAUUCAAACAAAAAGUAUUUUUGCUCAAACUUAACACUUGUGAUUACUCCUUAAAGUGGAAGAAAUGCAUAGAAUGUUGUCUCAUAAUUUCUCAGGUUGUAUAAUCCUAGAAAAAAGAAAGAAAGAUGCAUUUAAGGUGAUGUUCAUUUAGCCAUUGCACUUCUUUUGUUUGACUUGGAGCUUAGUUGCUGUUUAUUUUCGUAUCAGUAAUCAGAGAACCUCUGUUAAAAACUCGGUGAUUUUAGGUUAGUGUUUGGAAAGAAGUAUAUGAUGAAAGGGGUAAAUGAACACUGAUUGAUUGAAUGAUUGACAGAUUAAUCAGGCAAUACAUAAGGGCCUAUAUUUUUUACUAGUAUGUAAAACUUGAAAAAGGAAAGUCUUGUGAAUAUGUGUUGAAUACAGAGUAGCAGAUGAUUACAAAGCAAGUUAUAAUAACUUUGUUGAUAACCACAUUUAACCUGUGUAAUAUCUCUCCCCAUAGUGAUCCUGAUAAUUUGAUUUUUUAUUUGUAUUAUUUGCAUUGUAUAUACAUUUAUUUGUUAUGAUGUUAAUUGCAUGGAUAUGUACCAUUCUCUCCUCCCCACAAAAUUAAUGAUACCCUAGAAAAAUUAUUUUCUAAUUUUCAGGAUCAUUUAGGAUGUGACACUAAACAGAAUACAACACUCAUGCAGUCAACUUCAUCAUUUCCAGUAUAAUUUCUCAAUUGUUCACAAAUCACCUAAUCUCUCUCACUGUGCAGUAUUUUCUUUUGAUACAGAAGGAAUAUUUUUGUAUUUAUUUUAGAAACUAUUUAUUAGUGAGAAUUCAAGCCUCUUUGCAAACAGUUCUUUCAACAGGUGACUCCACCUCCUGUAAAAGUAACUAGCCACUUAUGUAUUAAAGGCAUGUUCUCAGAAACACAGGGCUGUGUUCAAGGAAAACAUUCAUGGUUGAAGUAUCAGGUAUAUUGGUUUUAAAUUGUCGCCUUUUUUGUUUUUAGAAAUUUAUUGAAGAUAUUCACUGAAACCUGGUUUUCAAUUCCUGGUUAUGGGGCAUGUACUGAAUGUUAAUGCAAAAUGGUGCAAAAGAUGAAUCCAUUUAGCAAGAGUUCUGGACUGCACUAGUUUAGAUGGGGCAUUGCUCCAUGUUUCAGCUGUAGUGUUUCUCUUGAUCAUAGCUUAAAGCUCUAGUCUGUAGAUAUGUGCCAUGGACUGUAGGGAAAGAAGUACCAUUUUUAUUUUGUAGUUUCAGUAACCUUACCACAGGUACAACAAUAGGGAUCCAGCAAGGAGCGAGUGUGGAUCGUCCGAGAGCCAUCACAACCAGUUAACCUUUUUUUAUCUUGCUAACCUAUGAAUCCAACAUGUUGUGUACAAGUAUUGGGUGUUUUUAUUUUACUUUUUCUAUUUUUUAUUUUUUUAAGAUUGUAAAGAUCUUGCUAGACUUUACAAUUUGUUAUGAUUAUUGAGUAUUUUUACCAACUCCCAUGCGUGUCCCCAUUCAACCUCAGAGAUAUUAUUAUUAAACAGAUUUAAGUUGUUCAAUCUGAGAGCAGUUAGUAAAAAUCAUUGUAAGUCAUCAUUGAUAUUAGCAUAUGCUACUUUUGCUAGAGCCUUGAAUGCUAGAAUUAUCAGGCGUCUUAUGAAAAAAUUAAUUUUCAACUUUAACUCUUUAAGGACAAAUAAAGUAUAAAUUGCCGUUUCCUUAAUUACCUUCAUUAACACAUUUAUAUAUAUUUUUUUUGUCAGUACUAAAGAGAUAGUGGUUUAAGCAUCAUGCAAGGAAAAUUAGGAUUCUCAAAGGAAGUAGAGCUUUUUGUUAUUGUUAUGUUCAUUCCCCCCACCUAAAUAAUAAAAUAUAUAUAUAUGAUCGGGAUCUUUUGAAAUUAGAGAUUGAAACAAAAUCAAAAUGGCUAUUUUGUACAAGAUGAGUCUACCUCUGAUUGGUCAUAACAAGACUGGAUUUUCUCAUGUUACUUUUUUUUUUUUUUUUUUUUUGACCCAAGAAGGAAUAACACACCUGUGCUUUGUAAUUUCCAUAAUGUAUAAUUUUUGAUGAAAGGAAAUUUAAUAAAAAAAAUUAAAAAUACUGAUAAUA